UCAGCUUCCUUACUGUAAUCAAGUAAUACUUCUUAAGUUCUGUAAAAUUGUUAUUUUCAUCUAAUAAAUCGUUAUGGCUAGCUCUAUGAUCCUUAAGCUUGCAUGUCUUGUGGUUUUGUGCUUGGUUGUGGGUGCACCCCUGACGCAGGGGGCCGUAACAUGCGGUCAAGUCACAAGUGCUCUGUCACCAUGCAUUAGUUACCUAAGAAACGGCGGUACUGUGCCUGCUGGUUGCUGCAGUGGAAUCAAAUCUCUCAACUCUGGAGCUCAAACGACAGCAGACCGCCAAGCCGUCUGUAACUGCAUCAAAACUGCUUCCGGUAGCAUUUCUGGCAUCAACUACAGUCUCGCAAGUGGACUUCCAGGCAAGUGCGGUGUGAGCAUCCCUUACAAGAUCAGCCCCAACACUGACUGCAAAAACGUGAAGUGAAGUUCGUCCGAAGGAAGGGAAAAUAUGAUAGUCUGAGAGAAUAAAAUGGAUGAUAAAAAUCCAUGUGCAUACUACUCUUCCUAGGAGUUAUCCUAAUUUUAGAGUUGUACGCCGUGUACGAGGUUGCUUUAUGCAACUAUAUAUAGUAUUUCUACGUCCUUAAUGUAAUAUAAUACUAUCACAGAUUUGUUUUUCUUAUAUAUAUAUAUAUAUAUAUAUUAUGAAU